AUGGAACUAGUUACAUUAUCAGAGACCGAACGAAGGAAACUUCCAUGGCUAAGGAGGAGAUCAGUUAGCUCAACAAACGUAACAGACUCUGCGCGAAGGCGUACAGAGGCAGAAACUGAACGGGAAGCAGGAGGAAACAAGGGUCUUUCAGACAAACAGAUUCGUCUAAAGAUAUACUCUCCAAAUGUUCUUGAUAUCACAUUGGUGGAUUUGCCUGGAAUAACAAAAGUUCCGGUUGGUGACCAACCAUAUGAUAUUGAGGCACGGAUUAGAACGAUGAUAUUGUCUUACAUCAAACAUCCAAGUUGUUUAAUUUUAGCAGUUACACCAGCAAAUUCAGAUUUGGCGAACUCAGAUGCACUUCAGAUUGCAGGCACUGCUGAUCCUGAUGGUUAUCGGACUAUUGGUGUAAUUUCAAAGUUGGAUAUUAUGGACAGAGGCACUGAUGCCCGUAAUUUUUUGCUUGGAAAAGUGAUCCCACUUCGACUUGGUUAUGUGGGAGUCGUGAACCGCAGUCAAGAGGAUAUCAAUCAGAACCGGAGUAUCAAGGAUGCACUUGUUUAUGAGGAUAACUUCUUCCGCAGUCGUCCUGUAUACAAUGGUCUUGCUGACCGUUGCGGCAUUCCUCAGUUAGCGAAGAAAUUGAACCAGAUUUUAGUACAACAUAUUAAGACUGUACUUCCGGGGUUAAAAUCACGCAUAAGUUCUGCAUUGGUUGCUGUGGCAAAGGAGCACGCCAGCUAUGGAGAAAUCACUGAAUCAAAAGCUGGACAAGGAGCUCUUCUUUUGAACAUUCUUACAAAAUAUUCUGAAGGGGCAGCUCCUUCCUCCUUAGUUUAUGGUGUGGAAGCAAUGUUACCUAUAGAAAUCCAGGGACGAAUUAACAUGGGCUCUUUAGAUGAAACAUUCCGGAAGCGGACAUUGAAGAUAGACAAUGAAGAACCACAUGAACAUCCGCAAGAUUGGAUGCAUAAUGUUACAUCAUGGUUUGCUGCCACAGGCACCUUAGUACUGGGAUAUGGAACUCCAUGUGUUCAGGUCUGGAAUAGUAGAAAUAUGUCCCUCUAUAGAGGAGUUCAGAGCUUGCUUACUCUCCCCUCUUAUGGGAAGGUUGUUCUACCCCUCACUGAAGUAAUACUACUUUGA